AUGACUGAAUCUGAAGUGGUUUCAAAACCUAAACAAAAACGUAAUAGGUUGAGUUUGAAUUGUUUGAAUUGCAAACGAAGAAAAAUCAAAUGUGAUAGAGAACUGCCUUGUAAACAAUGUAUUAAAUCAAAGCUUGAUUGUGAAUAUCAACAACCUGGUAUUACUAAACAUGAUGAUAAAGAUUCUAUUGAUUUUAGUGGACACGAAUCAAGAAUACAACAAUUGGGUAUUCCAGCCAAAUAUAACUUACCUGAAUAUCAAUCGGAAUUGCAAGAAUUGAAACAUCGUAUUAGGGAAUUAGAAGCAAGUGAACCAUCCAGGAAACGACAAAAACUUGCUUUACCAUCAACAUCAAUUUCAGAAGUAAAGUCCUAUAAAUAUAAUCCCGAAAAGAAUCCAACUUUCGUAGGAAUCAAUCCUUAUUCUGAUGUAAAUGAACGAAUUAAUUUCUACAGCGGAUAUAAUUCAAUCUUCAUAACUGCUGUUUCAAGACGGUAUAAUUCGGGUCCAUUUUCUUGGCUUUCCUUCUUGAAGAAAGACCCUGCUUUAUUUCAUGCCUGGAAAUAUCUUAAAGCACAAAGAGCUGAACAUAUAGGUCAUUUAAAGAAAGUUGCCCGUGAUGAUAAUGAACCUCAAUGUGCUUUGGAAUCAUCUGAUCUUCCAAAACCUAUUCAUUUAGACCCCCAUGAUAAAGCUCUCCAUGAUGAGGAUGAAGAUAAAUCAAAUUUGAAGGAAAAAAGUUUAGACAAUAGUCUUGAUAAAACAUUCCAUGCUAUGGUAAUGGAUAGAGAUGGAUUCACUGAUUAUAGAAUGUAUGGAAAAACCAAAAAGAAAAGAUCCAAAUCACAAAAGAAGAAAUCAGAAAAGGAUAAAAUGAAUGAUGAAAAAUCGUUGUCGCAUAUUGUUUCAAUGAACAAACAUGGUAUUUCUUUAGGAUUAACUGUUUAUGAAGGAACUAUCGAUAAAGAGUUACAAUUGAUUGAAAGACUAUCAAUGGUUUUACCUAAACAACGAGUAAUCUGGACUUUGAUCAAUAAAUUCUUUGCCUUAUUAUAUCCAUUCAUGCCAAUCAUAGAUGAAACUGAGUUCAAGACAGAAAUAACUCGAAUUCUAGGUCCUGAAGAAUAUAAUGAAACUGCUGUUGAAGUUUCAGUUGAAAAACGUUUAGAUUUUGCUUAUUUGGGUAUAAUGCUAGUCAUUUUACGUUUGACUUAUUUAUCAUUAUUUCUGAAUAGAAAUUGUCAGAAUGAAAAGAAUCUCCAUACGACAGACCCAUCAAAAGAAGCACAAGAGUUGAAAUAUUUAUUAUCUAAUCCUAUUAAUAUCACGUUAGUCAACAUGGCCCAAGAAUGUCUCGAACAAUUUGACUUAAUGAGAAGAACCAACUUUGCUGUUUUGCAAUGUGCAUUUAUGCUUAAAUUAUAUCGUAUGUUUGCGCCUGAAGAUGGUGAUGGUGCUGAUGCAGGGGAUUCUCAAACUUACAAUGCCAUGUUAAUUCAAAUGGCAUAUUCUAUGGGUAUAAAUCGUGAGCCUGUUAGAAAUUCAUAUGAUGAUCACCAGGAUGAUUUGAAAACAAACAACAUUCAACGUAAAAUUUGGAACUUCUUGGUUAUUUCCGAUAUUGCUCAAGCUUAUCAAUAUGGCAACCCGUUGAAUAUUGAAAAGAAAUAUUAUGACACAUCUUUACCAUUUCACAUACCAGGCAAUGAAAACAUUAAAGAUGUGGAAUUGGAGAAGCAUGUUAUUGGUAUUUUCUCAUAUUUUGAAAUAUGCUAUGAUAAGCUUUAUGAAAUAUUAGAUUCUACCUUGAACAUAAAAAAACAAAUUAAAUUAUCCGAAUUGGCAUCCCAGAUUACUAGUUUUGAGGUUUACUUGCAUGCAAAUUUUGGAACUUUGAAAGAAUUCUUGGUACCUUUUGAUGAAAAAGUUUAUGGUUAUUCAUUUAUUAAAGUCAUGAAAUGCAGAACUUACAUUAACAUGAAAUUGUUUCUUAAUACUUUGUUUUAUCAUUUAUUUCUACAUUAUGAAAAGCAACAAAAUACUGAGUUUGCAUAUUUUUAUUUGAAGAAAAUCUUAGCUUGUCAAAUUGGUGAAUUUCUCCCAAGUGUAUUCCAUUUAAUUGCUGAUAAUGGUACAAAUUUUGGAAAGGCUGGUGAUCUCAUGCUUAAUCCAACAAUUGUAGCUAUGAUUGAUAGAAUGACUGAUGUAAAUUUUGCUAUUUUGGUCAGAUUGAAUGCAACUAUUUAUCAAAUGAAACAAGAUAAAAUGAAUCAUAACAAGAAAUUAUUAUCUGACCAGAUUUAUCGUAAUAAAUUUGCAAAACUUACUCAAGCUGCAUUGAGGUUGAAGAAAACUUGUGAUUAUUUUGUUGUUGCCAUGUCUAAGUUAAGUCAAAGAUACUAUUAUGCUUGGAGAGUUACAAAAGCACAUACUUUCGUCUUGAAAAAUAUAUCCGAUGAUGAGUUUUAUGCUACUCAAUCACCAGCGACUUUAUUCCUUGAAUUGAGUGAUGAGCAACUAUCAGAAUUGACAAGUUUGGUUCGUACAAAUAUUGAUAAGAAUUGUCCAAUAAUGAAAAACCAAAAUAAUACUACUAUCUGUAUAGAGAAAGAAAUUCAUGAAGAUGAAAAAGAAGUUGAAUGUGUUUCAAAUAAAUCGUCAGAAUCAGCACCCAAUCCGGUGUCAUUACCUUCCCCUGUGGUACCACAGGCAUCUUCAAUUCCUACCCCAGAUAUAAUGAAAGUAUCAUCAGUGGUUGAUAAUUCCAAUCAACUUGGACAGCAGUUUGUUGAAGAUGAAUUUGAUUGGGAGAUUGAUUUUAAUAUGAUGAAUAGUACUGAAAUUGAUAAUUUAUGGUUACAAAUGGCACAGAUGAAAAAUGACAUUUCCCCAACUAAUUCAAUGUAUGGUAAUAAUCAAUCUAAUUCAUCAACCACGCCUGCUAAUUACACAUAUAAAUUUAAUCAGAAGAUAGUUAAUUCUACAGAAGUUCAGCCAGCUACGCCCUCAAAUGUAACUAGUAAUAAUCCAGAAACCAUUAACAAUGGUGGUAUUGCUAAUUAUCAAGAUAAAGAUGAUGCUACUAGAUUAUUACGUGAACUUGAAAUAUUUGAUACUUUACCCUUUGAAAGAUUUUUCGGAAGUACGGGAUUGUAA